UUCACUUUUGCCCCUCAAAACAUUAGACGACAUUGACUAAUUUAUUCAUCAUCUUUAUCUAUUAUCAUCAUCAUCAUAAUUUCUGGUUCCAUGGAUGGUAUAGGAGAAGACCCACUCGACUGGGAAGCUUUCCUUGACCACUUACCAGAAUUUGAAAUUGAUGAUUUUUUUUUGGAGGAUACUCCUGUUGAAGUCGCCGCCGCCGAUGAUCCAUCACCGAACCCUUCUUUAUCGGAGAUCGAGAACUUGCUGAUGGCAGACGCCGAUGUAAUUCCUGGAACGCCGUCGUCGAAGUCCGACUACGACAAGCUCCUCGCGGAGAUUCUCGUCGAGCCGAGCGCUGAGUCCGAAGACGGUUCAACUCCUUCCGACAAAGAUAGAGUCGAUGCUGCAACUCCCGAAGAUGAUGCCGAUGAACCAGAAGUCAAGAAACUCAGAAGGCAGAUGAGGAACAGGGAUGCUGCUGUGAGAUCAAGAGAACGGAAGAAGUCUUAUGUUAAAGAUCUUGAGAUGAAGAGUAAGUUUUUUGAAGGGGAAUGCAGAAGACUGGGGCAUUUGCUCCAGUGCUGCUAUGCUGAGAACCAUGCUUUGCGGUUUUCCUUGCAAUCGCGUGGUGCAUUUGGUGCUUCCAUGACCAAGCAGGAGUCUGCCGUGCUCUUGUUGGAAUCCCUGCUGUUGGGUUCCCUGCUGCGGUUCAUGGGCAUCAUGUGCCAAUUCAGCCUACCCCUGAUACUGUGGUUAACAGUAGUACUUCCAAGAGAAAACAUGGAACAGAAAGGCCUAAGAAGAGUGGGUCGAAAAGGGCCGGAAAGUAAGAUCUCUGAUUACUUCCGCUUGCAAUCAUUUGUAAAGAGUAGAAGAUGCCGAGCUUCAAGAACAAAGAUGAAAUUUGAGUUCCUCAUGUUCUAUAAGUUUUGAAGUGGUGCCUUAUAGGUUUUUCAUUAAUUCCUUCUUUCUUUGUUUCUUUCUUUUUGUUUUAUUAUGCGUGUAGAGAGGGUCGUAAUUAGAAAAUAUGUAAACCGAACGAGUUGGGGUUCUGUUACUAUGUAUUUUCAGCUGCUAUGUUCUUUUUAUAUCGCAGGACUAUAAUAUGCUGCUAUCUUAAACGUGGAAGCUGUUUUUUGUUUUUAGCUGAUUUAACGGCAUUGAAACUUCAUGUUUUUCUUUCUA